AUGCGCGACCUUGUGACGGUUGUACUCUGCUUGCUGCAGCUGUGCCUCGCUGCAAGUGCAGAGUACACGUUGGAAAACGUCGAAGCUCAAAUCGAUUCUUACAACCUGCAGGAGCAGUACUGGUCCCAGCAACAAGCCCUCACACUUUCGGCAUGUCGCUUCACUCCUGCUUCAGCAACGGAUGUCUCUCUCGCGGUGCUCACUUUACGCGUCACGUCGUGCCAGUUUGCUGUCAAGAGUGGCGGCCAUGCAGCUUUUGCGGGCGCCUCCAACAUCGAUGCCGGUCUUACCAUUGACCUUUCCGGUCUGAAUGGAAUCACAGUGUCUCAGGAUCAGUCGCAGACGUCGAUAGGUGCUGAAAACCUCUGGUACGACGUAUACACCCAUCUCGAUCCAAUGAACAUUACCGUUAUCGGUGGUCGAGUGGCCGCAAUCGGUGUUGGAGGCCUGACUCUGGGAGGCGGCAUGUCCUUCUUCUCCGGACGGUAUGGAUGGGCAUGCGACAACGUGAACUCAUAUGAGGUUGUACUGGCCGACGGUUCGAUCCGCAGCGUGUCCUACGAUUCCGUCUAUUCAGACUUAUACUGGGCACUUCGUGGCGGUGGAAACAACUUUGGAAUCGUGACGAGCUUCGACUUUGCCACGUAUCCCCAAGGCAAUCUUCUGCGGAUCACAAAUCUCUCAGGUCUCACUGUAGAGUUCAAUAACUCGAACCCAGGGGGCUACCGGCAAACGUACUGGACUUUAACCGUCGGGAACAGCGCCGACUUGAUGGCGGAUAUGGUUGCCAUUUUUAUGGAUGAAGUCGAGCCGUUGAAGGACGUCGUGGGCAUUGUUCCGUCUAUCAUCUUCCAGCCAAUUACCACGGACAUGACUACGCACUUUUCCAAAGCCGGCGGUAAUCCGUUGGGUCUCGCGGGCCAAGGCCCACUGAACUUGAUCAAUGUUGACAUUUCAUGGUCUGACCCGGCGGACGACGCCCGCGUUCUGGCGGCUGCUCAGAAUGCCGUGAGCCGGUCAGCAGCAGCUGCAAAAGCCCGCGGGCUUACCAACCCAUACCUGUACCAGAAUUAUGCUGCGUUGCAACAAGACGUGUUUGCAAGCUACGGGGCCGCGAAUCUAGCCAGGCUCAAGGCCAUUCAUGCAAAAUACGACCCUCAAAACGUAUGGCAAACGUUGCAGCCAGGUUACUUUAAGCUUGGUUAA